AUACUCGAUGAAAAAGUAAGCCCAUGAAAGCCCAAUCUGGAUAAUGGUAGACUCUAGCGCAAGAAACCUUGCUUACAAUUACAAGUACUCUUUCCUCCUACUGCGAGUUAUUAAUUCAUCCUUUCUUUGAUUGUUCAAUUUUAAUCUCCGAUUGAUCCUGAAUUGCGUGUCUGAAAUCUACUGAUUUCAAUUCUCCAAGUUGAUUUUCGUAAGGACAACAUUAUGAAGCUUGACACAAGUGGUCUUGAAUCGGCUGCUCCAUUUUUCCGGAAUAGUGAUGUUGUCUUUGAUGGCGUGCAAAUGACCCCUUCCUUUGAGCUCCCUGCUAAGUUAGCGAAUGCUGCUGAAUUUGAUGGAUUUCAAAAAGAGGCAAAAGAUAUGGUGAAGCAUGCCAAGGGAACUACAACUCUUGCUUUUAUUUUCAAACACGGUGUCAUGGUUGCUGCAGAUUCCCGAGCCAGCAUGGGAGGAUACAUAUCAUCUCAAUCCGUGAAGAAAAUCAUUGAAAUCAAUCCUUACAUGCUUGGCACCAUGGCUGGUGGUGCUGCUGAUUGCCAGUUUUGGCACCGUAAUUUGGGAAUCAAGUGCCGAUUGCAUGAACUUGCAAACAAGCGAAGAAUAUCUGUAACAGGUGCUUCGAAAUUGCUGGCCAACAUUUUGUAUAAUUACCGAGGCAUGGGUCUUUCUGUUGGCACAAUGAUUGCUGGGUGGGAUGAAACGGGGCCUGGUCUGUAUUAUGUUGACAGCGAAGGAGGAAGGCUCAAAGGAAUGCGGUUUUCUGUUGGAUCUGGUUCACCAUAUGCCUAUGGUGUACUCGACAAUGGGUACCGAUAUGAUAUGACUGUUGAAGAAGCUGCUGAGCUAGCCAGAAGAGCUAUUUACCAUGCCACAUACCGUGAUGGAGCUAGUGGCGGAGUUGUUAGCGUUUAUCAUGUCGGGCCUGAUGGAUGGAAGAAACUAACUGGGGACGAUGUUGGAGAACUUCACUUCCAAUAUUACCCAGUCGUGCCUGCCACCGCAGUUGAGCAAGAAAUGGGUGAAGUAAGUGGAGCUUAAGAAAGGGGUAUUUGAAUAUGUAUCGUGUUGCAGCCGCAACCCAGACAUGUUUCCUCUCAACAAAGGUGACUACAGUUUCCUGGUGAUUUCGUGUGUUCAUAUGAACGGAACCGGACAACUAGUUGAUUUCGGAGAUUAUAGCCAUAGAUUCAAUGAACUGCCCUGAUGAUUGGUGUUUGGAUGCCUUAACGUUUAUAUUACAAUCCCAUCCUUUUUAGGUUCUAUUUUUGUUAUUAUUAUGCAUUGUAAUGUGAUGACAAGUAAGGUUUUCUUCUUGAAAGGACUUUUACUUGUUUUUUUCAAGUAGUUCGACGUCCUUCUCACAACGAUAUUGACUUUGUUUUUUAAAAAAAUAUUAGGAGUAAGUAAUAUGGUGAUUUUAAGGCCUGAAUUCUAACUUUCAAGGCGUUGAUGCUUUUGACUUUUAAAACACUUUAUUUUGUUGAAAGGUUUAUGUAAUCUUGAUGUUAACUUUGUAGAUUAUUCAUAUAUUUAAAAUAAAUUUUUUAA